AAUAUCAACUAAAAAAAAUAUAAAUUUAGAAUGCGAAUGACUUAGGACUUUUGAUAUUUUGUUGUUCUAAAACAAAUUGUCUAGAAACAAAACGCAGAAUCUAGAAUUUUGACAGAAGCCCAGUCUAGCUAAGCUAGUGUAUCCUUACCCUAAAAUAUUGUAUAUACAAUACACGGCGGCGACUGCUUGCUAGUUCUAGAAAGUACAAGAAAGAUAUAGUUUAUUUAUAUUUCGCCGAAGAAUAACCUAAAAUUUAAAUCAAAUUAAAUUACAAUGGCUAAUGUGUUUGGAUUAAUAGUGUCUGGCCGUUUGGUUCAAACUGACUUCACGCCAGUCUCAGACACGCAGUUCCUCAUCACAAUACCUGAGGCGGACUCCAUAAACUACCUAGUUGUGUUCCUCACCGGCGUGACUCCGCUGCCUGAGGGCGCCUGCGGCAUGGUCUACUGGAGCUGGCCGGACCCCUCGGCACCACCCAACUGGCAGCUGCUAGGACACAUAUCCAACUCCAAGCCUUCGGCUAUAUUUAAGAUUUCAAAUCUAAAGAAGUUGCAUGAACUGUCUAGCGACAACCAGUUCGGCACCGCGUUCGGCGCGCCCAAGAUCUGCCACAACGCGCAGAUAGGCGUGGCCAUCGAGCCAGAGGCCAACGUGUCGCUGCUGGCCUCCUCCGUUGCACAACAAAACUCCUACGUAACCUUCGCCCAGAAGAUGCUGGAGAACCUGAUCAACUUCGUGGGCUCGUUCGCCGUUACCCAGGAGCAGAUGAGCCCCACCCCGGGCGUGUCAUACAUCCCCCUGAGCACGCUGCAGACCUGGUACCAAAACUUUGAGAGGCGGCUGCAGCAGAACCCCAACUUUUGGAAGAACUAGUCCUCCUGGUAAAGCUGCGUCCCUAGUUACUGAAAUACGAAUAUUAUGUUAACUUAGGUGAACGAUACUACAUAGGUCAUUAGAUAAGUUUUAGAAUAGACAAAUAUGAAACAACGAGGCCUAUCACAUAAACUUUUUAAAACUAUAUUUCCAUAGACAAUGAUUAACUGGAAAAAAAAAUACUUUCUUUUUAAAUUUCCUUAUUAAAAAAUCUUAAAUAUAUGAAAUGAAAAUGUAUAAAAUAUGCGUAAAUCGCCCUUAGCCCACGCCGACGUUUUCUAAGUUAAAAUCUAUUUUUUAAUAAGUAAAUUUAAAAAUAACGUAAAUGUUUUACGCCGAAACAUUGUCUAUGGAAAUAUAGUUUUAUAAAAUAUAUACGACAACCUCAUUGUUUCAUAUUUGUCUAUUGCAAAACUUAUCUAGGGACCUAUGUAUUUUUCAAACAUGAAAGGUAUGGUGUAUUCCCAUCUGUGCCCGCCCACAAGCGAUACAAGAUGGCACAGAUGGGAAUUAUUUGUACGUAGCGCCUGUUCCCACCGGGCACAGAUGGGAAUACACCAAAGGUACGGUGACAGGUGUCAUCUCAAUACAAUUUUGAGAGAUUUGGCGUUUUGAGAGGAAAGGGGACGGCCGCUUGUCCAUACAAACAUUUCGCACAGUGCCUCCGCUUUCGUCUCAAGGUUAUAUAUUGUAUAAUUAUGUAGAUGGCACCUUUCACCGUACCCUUCGUGUUUGAAUAAUACUAUAGGCCAAUUUAAUUAGUUGAACAAAACUUUUUUUUCUAAUUUGGGCAUAGGGAGUAUUACGGCAAUGUUCUGCCGCCAGAGUGCAGCACUAGCGUUUACCUAUAUUUAUACUUCGUUUGUUAGAAUUAGAAAAAAGGUAAACAAUCUUGACGUAAUGAAAAUUAUUAAAAAAAAAAUUUUUUGAAAAUUUAUUAUUAUUACUUAUGAACGCAAAAGAAUGUAAAUAAUUGUAUAUGAUUUGUAAUUAUUUGAUAUGACAUCUGUUUUUUAUUAAAAAUACACAUCAAGACCUUCUUUCUAAUGCUAUAAAAAAGAAAUUACAGGAUCGAAAGAGCUCGUGAGUUUGAUUAAAAAUAAUAUUAAAAAAAAAAGUUUAGUGUACAAAAUGGCCACUAAGGGCCGUUACAAUUGACAGACUGGCCAACGGCAAUUAGUAUAGAACUACGAAAUUUCCCCUACAAUAAAAUUGAGGGAACGUUUUUAACGAUGACCGUGUGUAUAGAUUAUAUCAAAGGGAAUUUGAAAUAGAGGUGUAUUGUCGAAGAAAACUUUGUAGCGAAAUAAAUUUACUGCCAUCUUUCGGCACAUAAUUAAAACUUUUAGAACGCCAUUUGACUUUGAUCCUUAUUCUUUCACUGAUAUGUGUUCAAUUUGUUAAAUAUCAAAAAGUGGCGCCAUCUUACCGGGCACUACAUAAAGGUUAUCGUCGGUUAAGAGUGUAAUUUUCAAAAAUGGAUUUGGCAGGUUUAUACGUCCAACGUUACGGCUAUGGAAGGUAGAGGCAAGGAACAGAAACUCCUUAGGCAGAAUUGUUGCAAGUGUCCAGCUGUCAGCUAUAAAUAAUAGUUCCAAAUCUCUCCAGAGUAGCGCUAGAGUAGCUAAGAACCUGGGCGUUUUUGACGGAGUGAAGUGCGCUGUCUAUGAUUAGAUUUUUUUCUCAAGUAUUCUAGGUAUUGUACCGCCACCUAUCUAUGGUUUUUUGUCGGACACUUUUUGGUAUAUGGAGAUUUUGUUCCUUGCCUCUACUUUCCAUAGUUAUGGCGCCAUCGCUCGACACGAUGUUGUCAUACCUUUGGCCUUUGAUCUAUUAGAUGGCGCCACUUUAUGAUAUUUAACACAUAUCAGUAAAGGAAUAAGGAUUAAAGUCAAAUGGCGUUCUAAAAGUUUCAAUCAUGUGUCGAAAGAUGGCAGUAAAUGUACUAAGGCUACAAAAUUUUCUUGGACAAUCCACCUCUAUUUCAAAUAACAAGAAAUAAUGUCCAUAUGAAAUUUAACUAGGCAACCUAUUUCCAAUGUGUCAGUGUGAAUAUUAUCUAUCAAUUAUUUAUUAUCACAAAUAAAUAACAGUAGGGCUAAGAUGGUCGGCUCUUUAUCAUUUGUCACCAUGCCUGUCACGUUCUAACAAGUAUGUAAGCGCAAGUGACGGGCAUAGUGACAGGUGAUAAAUGGGACCAUGCUGCCACCGCAGAUGUGGCUAUACGUACGGCGCCAUCUGCUGAGGCUAAUACUUUUGCUGCUACAAUAUUGGUCAAAUUUACGUGUCUUAAUAUUUCCUCGUCUAUGUUUUCAUUGGUCGACUGCAUUAGGUUAAGUAAUAAUUGUUAGAGUUAAGAUUGUCAUUAAAGAGAAUUGAUUGUAAAGUCGAAGUAAAAAACGUGCCUCUUAGUAUGACAUCCAAAACAGAUGGCGCUAUACUGCUACAUGUGUUUCGCGGUCACUGAAUUGUCAAACGUCAACUUUUGACAGAGUUACCGCAAAAUGUAUGGAGUGUGGAAUUAAGAGGAGUGGCAUCUCUUAUGGUAGAACUGUUGCAAAAGUGUCCAGCUGUCAGCUAUAAGUAAUAGUUCCAAAUCUCUCCAGAGUAGCGCUAGAGUAGCUAAGAACCUAGGCGCUAUUGACGGAGUGAAGUGCGCUGUCUAUGAUUUGAUUUUUUUGUUCAAGUACUCUAGGUAUUGUAGCGCCACCUAUUUAAGGUUUUUUGAUGACACUUUUUGGUACAUGGAGAUUUCAUUCCUUACCUCCACCUUCCUUACGCAAAAUGUAUGGAGCUGUACAGCGCCAUCUCGUUUACCUGUCAAACUCGAAGCACGAAAUUAUUUUAGAUUAUACACAUCUUAAUCAAUGUGUUUGUUUUAAUGUAUUGACGAACGCUGUAAAUUGAUUUUUUUAAAUAAUAAACAAUCAUAUGUUAAGUACUAAAUGGUUUUAUAGGAAGGUUUAAUAAUAAACAAUCAUAUGUUAAUGGUUUAAUAAUAAACAAUCAUAUGGUAAGUACUAAAUGGUUUUAUAGGAAGGACCAAAAAUCGUUGACAAAAUAUAGGAUUUCUUUUCUCACACGUAAGGUACAAGAUGUAAUUAAAAGUUAAAACUGCAAUGAUUUAAUAGUAUUACUGCAAUGUUCUGCCGCCAGCACCUACCGUAAACCAUAGAGUAACUUAUACAUACUGUGCUUUAAA